AUGGAGGGACCGGUGACUGGUUGGCACUUUAAAUCCGCCACAAUCAGCUGUAGGCCACAUCACGAAAAUGCAACACAGGUACUGUGCUCUUGGCGAACUGGGUGGCGCUUAACGAUUGGGCCAUGUAAAUAUCCCUGCACAGAGGAUGAUAUAGGCAAUCUUACUGCACCAUAUAAAGGAAAAUGGCAGCGCGUUUCUGGAAAUGGAUCCGUAACAAACAUUACAGACCUAGGAUACUACGUCACAGGCAUAGACAAAAUUUACAAUUGGCAACAAGGGUACAAUGUAUUCGUGAAUACUCUCCCAGACCCUGGUGUGUUUCAGUUUAGAUAUCAAGACUGUUGCCGGCUGGCUGUAGAUGUACAUACGGGAAGAAAUGUAAGACCUAAAUAUGCAAUUAUAACCGAAUAUAAUGGCGGUUAUCGAAGCGACACGGGAAAGCCAAAUGCAAGCCCCAUAACGUCAAGUCUCCCAAUCGUUCAGAUGGAGUUAUCAUGCGGUUAUCGGUUCGACAUCCCAUACUCUGAUCCAGAUGGAGAUAAUCAGUUUAUUAUUAUUAUUAUUAUUAUUAUUAUUAUUAUUAGGAUGGAGUUAUCAUGUGGUUAUCACUUUGACAUCCCAUACACUGAUCCAGAUGGAGAUACUGUCAGAUGCCGCUGGGCAGUAGGCGAUGAGUGUGCCAAUAUCUGUGGACCACUACCGAAUUCAACUUUGUUUCCAAACUGUACACUCGUCAUCCCAGCUUCUGCCCACGAUGCUUACCAAGUUGGGAGAUACAAGUUUUACGCCGUUGCAAUAAUGCUGGAAGAUUUCCCGAAAACAGAUAUAACACAGGGUGGCGUGGCGAAAAACGGAACAACUCCUUUGUCAAAGGUCCCAUUGCAGUAUGUCGCACAGAGAAAGGAUGGCUGCAUUUGCAAAGACCGCCCAAAAUUUAGGAAUUCUUCAGUGACGGAUGUCAUACCUGUUGGAAAGAAUUACGAGAAACAAAUAAUAGCAACUUCCGAAGGCGGAAUCCGUUCCAUCAACGUCACUCAGCUGGUUGGUUCCAUCGUGAAUCAUAUAGUUUCUACAGAUAACAACUCUUACACAGUAACGGUGAUGUGGACCCCAACCUCUCAGCAGCUCGGCUAUACCCUGCUUUGCUAUCAAGCCUAUGACAUUAAUAAGUAA